AUGAAACAUGGUUGCUUACUGAAGAUGAAUAGCGAUUUGGAUGAUCAAAGGCUUUCUUCUAUGCAAUCGACGACAAGUGAAUUUAACGAUUCAAAGAGAGAAUUGAGACAAGUGAGAUGCUGUGUACAUGGCCGUCCAUGUGCUAUCGCUUCCAGAUUUUCUCGGGUACAGGAACGAGAAGAAGAAGUUAAUCGAGAUUUAUCAUCAAGAUCCCAUAAUUAUUCAGAAUCUCCUUAUGAGAAUAUUUUGAAAAAUUCUAAGUCAAACAGUGGUGAUACUAUCUCUUACGGCUUACUAAGAAAAGUUGAACGUGACACUCUGGAUGUUCCGCUAAGUAAAUGGAAUCUGCAUACGUCUCGGUCAUCAAGUAGUACUUUUGAUUUAGAAUCUAUUACAAGCUUGACUGAAAGUGAUCGAGAGGGAGUGAAAUCAAAUGAAUAUGAACUUUUUCUUCCACGUAAAGUUGAACGUCAUUCUUUGUCUGGAAUUUUGGAUGCCCCAUUUAUCAGUAAAGUGUCGAGAAAAUUUAAAUCAAAAGAAAGUUGCAGUCAGUAUGAACUUAUAAUGCGUCCGAUGUCAUACUUGACAUUUAGAGAGGGUUCAGAUGUCACGUUAGUAAAGUCAAAAUUAUCAAAGGAGCAAUCUAUACAAACUGCACGAACGGGUGGCUCCACAGAAAUGACACCAUCGAUGGGAGCGUACAUCGGAAUAAUGACCGAAGGUCAAGCUGAAAAACAUGUUUCGAAACCUACGUCCUUCAAGCUUUACCAUAAAGUAAACUACAAGAAUCUCAAAAUCUUGACAAGCUUAUUUCAGAUGCCAAAUAUACGUGUAUUCAACGACAUAUUACCGUCGCUUGCACUAUACAUUGUCUACCACAGUGAAAAAGGACGCAUUCGUAAUUAUCGGAUCAAAGAAUGCAGGCAUCGUGCGGAUUGUCCUGAAGCAAGAUCUAAGCUAACACCAACUGUCGAUUUUCAAGUAGAUUACGGCGACCCCUUCGCACCACGCUUCUCGACUAUCGAUGCACUCGUCGACUACUAUAAUAUUUACGUACACUUUCAACAAGAAAAUGGUAAAUGGGUGACAGACAUAUUUCCAGAUAAAAGCGUAAAGUCAAGCAGUACAUCGUCUAUACUUACUGUACAGAAAUAUUACUAA